AUGAUAAUUAUGGAACGAAUUCGUCGUUUAUUUACAAAAACAAAUACAUAUCGUCGUUUAUCUGAAAUACCUUCAUUAUCAACAUUUGGCAAUAUUGCCAAUACAACUAAUAUGAUUACACAUAAUCAAGAACAAACAAAAAAAAGUAGUGUUUUUGAAAAACUUGGACAAAAAAUAAAUACUAUUAAAGAAGAUAUUGCUGAUAAUAUUGAACGUCGUAAACAAUCACAUAAUAAUGCUAUUAAUAAUCAGAUACAUUUUAUUUCACGUGCAAAUCAAGCAGAAGAUUCAUUAAUUAUUGAAAAAAAAUCAUCAACACCAAUUGAAAUUCGUCAAAGACAUGCUUCUGGUGAUGAUGGUUCGAUUACAGAACGUUCAUUUUCAGCAUCUCCAUUAGGAACAGUCGUUACAAAAAAAUCAACAAAUGAAACAUCAACUGUUCCAAUCAUAGAACCUGUACAAAGUGAUUCAUUUCAAGAUAUAUUUUCAACAGAAAAUAGUGAACGAGCAAAAGAUAUGCUUAUGAAUAAUGUACGUCAAGGUAUACAUCGUAGUUAUAGUGGAGCACUUAGUGAAACUGGUUCAGAUGAUAAUGUUAUUAAAAAACCUGAUUCAAUUGAAACAAUAAAUAAAUCAAAUAUUGUUAAUAAUGAUAAAAAUAAACAAAAAUUAACUAUGUUAUUAGUUGGACCAAAAUUUCGUCAACAUACUAUUGAAUCAGAAUCAAAUUUUAUACGUGAUACAAUUUAUCCAACAUCUUUUAUUGUUGGUAUUAUAUCAAUAAUAAUUAUAUUAUGGAAACCAUUAUCACCAUUAAUUAGUGGUUUUAUACUUGGUUUUAUAUGUGCUUCAUCAAUUGCUUAUAUUAUUAUACGAAUGUAUCUUAAUACAAAAUCUGAUGAAUUAAAUGCAUAUGAAUGGAUAGAUUUUCCAGAAUUAGAAUCUGUACUUCAAGAAAAAAUAACUAAAAUUGAUAAAUAUAAAAGUUUACCUAUAUGUUGUGAAGUUGUUUUUGGUCAAUAUGAUCCUGAUCAAGAUGAACAAUUUAUACGCUAUCCAAUUGUUAUGAGUCUUGAUAAUGAUCAUCUUAUUAUUCAAUUACCAACAAAAGCUAAAACAGAAGAAAAAAAAGAUAAAGAAAUUGGAUUUGUUGGUCAAAGAGAAUAUUUAAUUAAAGAUGCUAAAUUAAUACUUGUUCCUGAAGCUACAUUAUCUCGUAUAAAAUAUUGGGUAAAUGAUUAUCCUAUUGUAAUACAAAAUAUUCAAAUAUUAAAUAAAGAAAUAACUAAUAAACAAAAUUAUGAAAAAUCAAAAUUUGAUACUGAUGAAUUUUUUAAUAAUUCUCAAACAACAUUAAGUAUUUUCUUUGAUACAUGUCCUGAUAAAGAAGAUUGGUUUUAUAAAUUAUUAUUUGCUUCACGUAAAAGCAAAGAAGAAACUGAAAAUACUCAUCAACCAUUAAUAAAUACAUCAACAAUUUCACAAAGUUCUUCAUCAAUAUCUCGUUCAAUGACUCCAAGUAUUUCUGAUACACAAAUUCCAACAAUAAGUUCUCGUACUACUUCAAAACAAUCUAAUACAAUUAAUAUUGAUAGUCUUGGACAAAAAAAAUCUAAUGAACCAAUUGGAUCACCUUAUUUUGAUACAAUAUCAACAACAUCAUCAAUAUCAUCAUUAGAAAAAAAUCAAACAGAAAUACUUCGAAGUCAAAUAAAUGAAAAUGAUAUUGUUAGUGAUAUGACACAAGCUCGUAUUGGUGCUCAAGAAUUACGUGCAGAUAUAUUAGAAAAAGAUAAAAAAUUAAAUGAUAAAGAUUCAGAUAAAGAUUCAUUUAAUUUACAACGUAGUGGUUCAUUAAAAAAAAAAUUUCGUAAACAACAAGAAAAUCUUCAUCGUAUACUUCAGUCAUCUGAUUGUCUUAAUGAAGCAGCUAUAACAUUAAAUUUUCUUGUACGUCGACUUUUUUGUGAUGUUUUUCAAGAAUCAUUAUUUAAAGAUUUAUUAAAAGAAAAAAUUGAACUUAAAUUAAAAGAACUUGCUGUAAGUGUACUUGAAGAUUUACGUGUUGAAACAAUUGAUAUGGGUAAUACAUUUCCUAUUAUUCUUAAAGUUGAACCAAUGCAAUGGAAUAAUAAAGGACUUUGGUUUAAUUUAUUUCUUUUCUAUCGAGGUAGUUUCAAAAUUACAAUUCGAACUCAUAUAUUUCUUCAACGAUUACUUAAUACAAAUACAAAUACACAUACAACUAGUGAUCCAUCAAUGUAUUAUCAACAUCGUUCAGGUCAAAUUAUAUAUAAAGAUGAUGAACAUACAGAAAACGAAGAUUCUGUUCAACGACAAAAAUUAUUAACUAAAGAUCCUGAUAUACCAGAAAAUGCUGCUGCAAGAAAAUUAGGUUUAAUAUUAACAAAAGUAGCUGGUAAUAAACAUUUUCAACGAUUUGCUGCUUUAAAACCUGUUGCCGGAGUAAUAGAAAAAUUAUCAAAUGCUGAUAUUGGUGCAAAUAUUGAAUUAAUGAAUUUUAAUGGAAUUAUGACAAUUAACAUUCCACCACCACCAAGUGAUCGUAUAUGGAUUGGCUUUUCUGAAAUGCCAGAUUUAAAUCUUAAAGUAACUCCAGUCUUUGGUGAAAGUAAAUAUUCAUAUACAUUAAUUCAUGAUUUUCUUGAAUCUCAAAUUCGAGAUGAAAUCAAACGUCUUCUUGUUCUUCCAGCAAUGGAUGAUCAAUUAUUACCAUUUUUUCGUGACUGGGUUAUUGAUAUGAUGAGUGAAAUAGCUACAAAAUCAUUGAAUAAAAAUCUUAAUCGAGCUGAAGGUGUAGAGUCUUAA